CAAAGCAUUCGCAAAAGCUUUACCAUCUCGUGCAUCGCCGUGACUAACAAUGGCUUGUAAACUCAAAUGGUCUCCUCUCCUCUCCAUUCUCCUACUCGCCGGCAUGGUUGGCAUCUCCCAUGCCGGCAACAUCGCCGUCUACUGGGGCCAGAACGGUAACGAGGGCACGCUCGCCGACGCCUGCAACUCCGACCUCUACGCGUACGUCAUGGUCUCCUUCCUCAGCACCUUCGGCAAUGGCCAGACCCCCGCACUCAACCUCGCCGGACACUGCGAUCCGCUCUCCGGCAACUGCAACGUUUUCAGCUCCGAUAUCACGACGUGCCAGUCCAACGGCGUCAAGGUGCUCCUCUCUCUCGGCGGCGGCGCCGGCAGCUACGGCCUUUCCUCCACCGAGGACGCCCAGAGCGUCGCCACCUACCUGUGGGACAACUUCCUCGGCGGCAGCUCGUCGUCCCGCCCGCUCGGCUACGCCGUCCUGGACGGCAUCGACUUCGACAUCGAGACGGGCAACUCGGCGCACUACGACGAGCUGGCCACGUUCCUGUCACAGUACAGCGCGCAGGGCAGGAAGGUGUACCUGACGGCGGCGCCGCAGUGCCCGUACCCGGACGCGUCGCUGGGGCCGGCGCUGCAGACGGGGCUGUUCGACAACGUGUGGGUGCAGUUCUACAACAACCCGCCGUGCCAGUACGCGAGCGGGGACGCGAGCAACCUGCAGAGCGCGUGGAAUACGUGGACGAGCAGCGUGAAGGUGUCUGGAGGCUUCUACCUCGGCAUGCCGGCCUCGACGGCCGCGGCCGGGAGCGGGUACGUGUCGCCUGGCGACCUCACGUCGGCGGUGCUCCCCGGCGUGAAGGGCGCCAGCAACUACGGUGAGAUCAUGGUGUGGGACCGCUACAACGACGUGCAGAACAGCUACAGCAGCCAGGUGAAGGAUAGCGUCUGAGUCUUCGCGCGCGCGCGCGGGAAGUGCGACCGUGCACUACACAAUAAAUCACUCUUUUCUUGACAUACAAUAAAUCAGAUAUAGGAGUAUAUAAUACUUCUACUACAUAUGGCAUGCCCAUGAAGUGGCUAAGUUGAUUUGGGACUGGAUAAUAAGAGCGGGCGAGCUUGGGUCGUGGUAGAAAUGAUAUGGAUGCUUGGUGUACACUUGCAACACAUGCCCUGAGAUAAAUAAAGUA